UCCCCCCGCGGAGCCCCCCGCCACCAGCUCGUGUGCCUCAAGUAAUGGUGCCGGCUCACCUCGGGGUCCUCUCCCUGUUUUUCCAUGUCGGUGUGUGCCGUCUGCAGGGUUCCAGGACGUUUCUUGACAAGCCGCCUCUCUGCGAGCGGCACCGCAUCCCUCCGGGGUCCGCGGGGAUCGGCUGCUUUGUUCAACCCCCCUCCGUGCCCUCGGUGCUCAGCUUUAUGCGUGUAGCACUGCGAGGUGUAUGGUCAUCGCGUUUUGGGGAAAAAGGCAGAGGGAAAACGUAGAGCAGUUUAUUUCCAAGAGAGCUCUCAUAGUCUGAACAUGCCACUCUUGCACAGCCGCUUUUCCUCUAACUUUAGCUUUCACCCCGUCUCCCGAGUAUGUUUAUACCCUUCCUGUGAAACCUGCAGUCUGUGCUAGUCACUGUUACUCUCUGGGGCUAUGGUGGUACGAACAAGCCGCUCAUAACCACGUAAAUUGUAACUUGCAUGAUCAGUGUUUCAAGCAGAUACUGGUUGAAAGAAUAUGCUUUUCCUGUUAGCAUUGUUGCUGGAAAGAAUCAUUGAUUAUCUUUUAAAUGAUUAACACUGCUGAUAUGCCGUCCUUCAAGAUGUUACAUUGAUAACUGAAUGGUCUGAUGCCGGCUAUCGGAAUACAGCAUUGAUCCACAGCUGGGAACUUUUUUUAAAUGGGACUGUCUGCCGCAUAAUUUAAAGGAGUAAUAGGUUAAGUGCUCUGAAAAAAGGGGUAGAGCUGUGCAGAGAAAGCACAGAACUGCCUUACCUUCCUGAAAACUACAGACAGGCCUCACUGGCAGUUGCACUGCUUGGUCUGUGUUUUUUGGGAGAAGAGCUGAUUGAAUACAUAUCUUCUAAAUACAUUCUUAUUAUGUGUUUAAGAGCUUCUUUGUUAAACAGUUAAUGUGUAACUAUGGUAUGAGUGUUUUAUUUGGGCUAGCAAUGGGAAGAGAGUGAGUACUGGUGUUUCUCAAGUGCAUCUGAACACCGCUGCUUGUUUCCCCAGUAAAAGAUAAUCUUCAGAAAAGGAAACCUUUCCUUGGUUAAAAUUGCAUGUACAAGUAGAGAGAUCUGACUUUGUGUUCUUGUCAGUUCUGAGGCUUGUAUUUAGAAUCUUCCCCAUGCACGGGUGUGCGUGUGGCCUGUGGAAAACCUUCACAGCCCUUUACAUGAAAGGCAGCACGCAGUCUAAAGCAAAGGUUUUCUGCACAUCAGCAAAAAGAUGAGAGCUUGUGAUCUGUGUUGAAUUGGUUCAGGUUUGCAAAGUGUAGCUGCCUUUAUGAAGCUACUGCAAAUAUCAGCUCUUGUAAUGGUUUCUGAAAUUCUGAUUAUUCCCUCACAGUAAGUUAUAUGCAGGUGUGAAUGAUGAUAAUCCUUAAAAAAAAAAAAAAUCACAGAACUUUAUGGGGGGACUUACAGCUUUGAUGCUCUUUGGCUGCUCAAUGUGAAAUUGCUUUCACCUGGAGACUGAUAGCCUGCAAUAUGAUCUGUAAUCAGCCCCUGGAUCUAAAGGAUGGGUUAGGUGCAUUCUUUGCACGGUUUCUUGCUUUGUUUUGGAGUUGAACAUUGUCAUGUUCAUAGCAAAUUCCAACUGAUUUGUGUCAGUAGUUCUUACAGUUUGUUGAUCUUGGAAAUUCACAAUUACCUCUUCUAUUUAGUGUGAAUUGUAUUAAAUAAAGUGAUCAGAUGAACUGAAGAGGUGGAUUUGACAGAAAACUAAGAACAGCUCUUUUGGAAGACUGUCAUUGAAAUGAGUUAAAGAAGUAUAUAUUUAAGCAAGAGGGGCUGCCAGUUUGACAGACGGAGACAAAGGGACUUGUUCUGGCAAAUUUGUGUGUGGAUGAGGAAGAGGGUUGGUUCUGCUGCUUUCGUUGGUUCAGCUUAAGGAACAGGAAAAAAUCCUGUAUUGGGGGGGGUGUGUGUGUAUUGGAGCAGGGGAAUAUAAAGUAGAUGGAGCAAUGGGAUAUAUAAAUUACUCUUCUAAACUUGCAUUUCCUCAUGGCAGAAAACGAUGUAAAGGUGGUUUGGAUAUCAAGAGAUGCACAGCUGCAAGUCGCUAGGAGUGAGUCCCCUGGUACUGCUCAGAACUGGCCCACACUGUAGCACUCGGUUUUCUUUAUUGCUGCUGUGGAAGCAUUGAUAAAUUAGAGCCUUGCAGCACUAUAAAAUCCACUGUGGUGAGGUUUUGGCACUUUGUAAGAACUUGCAAAGUGCAGAAACAAUGUUAUUGUUCCAUUAGGCACAUGGGUUUGUAGUGGUGAAGGUUAACAGGAAAACUGUGUCCUGAGUAAGAGGAGACUGUAAAAAUAAAGGCAUAGGAUGUUAGAAAAACAGUCCUUUUUCAUCCUCAUUCUUUAAAGUAAAGAAGGAACUGAAAAUUGGUAGCCAGAAUUCUUGGAGACUGAAAGAACAAUCUGUAAACACUUAAGGGACUUGGUAGACACAGGAAGAUAAGAGGGAACCCCCUUAACAGCCUUCAUCAGAAUUCCCUGACUGGGCUCCUUCUCUCUGGCUGCUUCUCCCUAGGGGUCUGCAUCUUAUCUCGCUGGCUUCCUUUCCUCUAUUUGCCUCUGACUAAUAGGCUUUGUCUUCUGGUUACUGGAAGUCUAAUAAUUUCUCUUGUCUCUUUCCCCCUUCCUACUUUUAAAAAUACUAUAUUAAAUGGCUGUAAUGUUUUGCAGAUUGUCUGCAUUGGUGAGGUGGAUUAAUUGUAUACUUGACUCUAAGUUAUUUAGCAGUAAUGACAUAGUAACUUGACUCAAAACAAUGGUAAUUUCAUGGCAAAUGCUCAAGGCGAAUGUUGCCUUCUGGUAAAGAGCCACCUGCAAUUUACACCCUGUAAACACAUGACGGAUAAACUGUCUGUGCUAGUUUUCUCAGUGUCUUCUGUACAGUAAGUUGUCUCAAGUGUGUCUUUUGGAACAGUCAGCUAUCUCUUCCCUGCACCUCCCCCCCUUGACUCUAGUUUGAGUCAGGUAAUUACAGAUCUGGGUUGAAGCCUUUCCAGGGAGUGAUCAGAAAAACCAAGACUUGCAGACGUGCUCCCAUCGUUCACUUGUACCUUGACUUCACCCUUUCAUGGGGAGGCUUUGUGGAACUGCUCAGCUAUUGGUAACUGGCUGUUGGUGAGGAGGUCUGAGAGCCCCAGGGGCAAUGACAGUAGGCAUCCGAACGGGAGCUCUGCGUUCCCUUGCACAAAUGCCACUAUUCUUUAUGGUGCUAUAAGGAGGUUCUUGUCAUGUGUGGAUUUGGUGUGACAGUUUGGUGGUUUUUACAUUUUGAUUUUAGCGCUAAGAACAGAGCAAACAGGGGAAGAGUUGAAUCAAAGCUGCUUGUCUAAAAGAUAAUGUGAGAGCUAACCAGUUUAGACUCAUGUCUCCAUUUUAUCCAUGUGUCUUGGAGGGCAGCUCUUCAGUCCAGUGGUCGGCAUUUUGAAAGGAGCAGAAAAUCUGGAUUUUAGGUAAAGGUUAUUUAAUUGCAAUGUUUUGCUGCUAAAAGAGUGAUGGUUAGGGGACUGUUGUGCAGUAAGUGUUAAAGAACUCUUUCACAGAAGUAGGAAUACUGUAGAGAAACCAACAAAAGCAUAGGUGGUGAGACAGGAUUCCAGUAAAGAGAAUGAACUAGUAUAAUCUUCUGGUGUCUCAGAAAGAAUAGUUAUAAAUGCUGUUCUGUCUGUGACAUCUGUUUUGUGAAAGACAAAACUUACUUAGCAAAAUGUGAGAAUGCUGUUACUGACCUCCUGUCACAGUUUGUUAUUCUCAGAAAGUCAGACUGCCAAAGACAGUAUGACAGUCAUAGUUAUUUGUUGUCUCACUUUUCCUAUUUAGUGAACAUAAGUGGGUUUUUUUUAAACCAAAGGGAUUAUGUGUUCCUGAAAAAUACCAGUCUUGUUUUUGCAUCCACGUAGUAGCAGAAAGUGACAUUUUUUUAGUUCUUACUCUGAAAUUUUUUAGUGCGAUACAACCUUUCCUUCUGCAACUUUGAAACACCUAAUGCAGUCAGUCUUACUCUUUUGUUUAAACAUUGAAAGGGAGGGAGAAAAAUCAUCUUAAUGCCUAUGAUUAUGGCAGGCGUGUGUAGCUUAGUAAUGGACUCAAAAACACAAAUGUCCUAGAACUUGGUUUUGGUCAUAUGCUGACUGUUCAAUGUUUUCAUUGCAAAUGAGUCUGUACUGAAAGCCUUGAAUAGUCUGGAUCAGCACAUAAGUGGGCGGUCUGGAAGUGCCAAAGGUCUGAUGUAUACCAGCUUCAAGCACAGUUACCUGUGAGUGGAGUUAGUGAUUAUGUCUCGUGAAGCACAGGAUACAUGCCUACACACCUUAUGUCACUUGAGACACAGGACAUCAAGUGAAAUCUGGAAAAUGUGAAAACUUAUUAACAAAAUGUGUGUGUUGGUUGAAACUGCCACCAGAUUUCUCAAGGAGAGCUGAGAGUCUGUGUUAUAACUGAUGGCCUAAGUUCAAGUACUCAGAGGAGCUCCUUUGAAGCAGUUGAUACAGCAUUUCAUGUGGAACCCAGGGAGCCUGAAGGAGGCUGUGAAGCUAGUGGAAUGAUUCCCUGUGUAGCUGAAACUAUGUCAGUUGACUACCACUAAUGGCAUGGUGAGAUGUGUUGAAGAGCAGCUGCAAGGGUGUCUGACAGCAAGGGGACUGCUCUAGAAGCUGGGCUCGCAACAUCAUGGGCCAGUGUGUCACCAAGUGCAAGAAUCCUUCUUCUACCCUUGGCAGCAAAAAUGGGGAAAGGGAAUCUGGCAGCAAGUCGCAUAGUAAGAGAAGUGCAGUCCACAAAGACGACCAUGGUUCAGCUUGCGGGAAGUCUCCAGGAGAUAUACUUGUGAAUGGGACAAAGAAAGCGGAUGCUGCUGUAGAGUCUAGUCAGCCUCCAACGUUUUCUGGAGAUACAAAGAAAGACCCUGUUACCAGCGCAGAAGAAUCUUCACUCCAAAGGAUCGGGGAGUUAUUUAGGAGGUAUAAGGAUGAACGGGAAGAUGCCAUAUUGGAAGAAGGAAUGGAACGAUUUUGCAAUGACCUCUGUGUUGAUCCCACUGAAUUUAAAGUGCUAGUUUUGGCUUGGAAAUUCCAGGCUGCUACCAUGUGCAAAUUUACAAGGAAGGAGUUUUUUGAAGGCUGCAAAGCAAUAAACGCAGACAGCAUUGAUGGCAUUUGUGCAAGGUUCCCCAGCCUCUUAAAUGAAGCCAAGCAGGAAGAUAAAUUUAAGGAUCUCUAUCGUUUCACCUUCCAGUUUGGCCUGGACUCUGAAGAAGGACAGAGGUCACUACAUCGGGAAAUAGCCAUUGCCCUUUGGAAAUUAGUCUUCACCCAAAACAAGCCCCCCAUUUUGGACCAGUGGUUACACUUCCUAGUCGAGAACCCCUCAGGAAUCAAGGGAAUCUCCCGGGACACGUGGAACAUGUUUCUAAAUUUUACUCAGGUGAUUGGACCGGACCUUAGCAACUACAGUGAAGACGAGGCCUGGCCGAGUCUCUUUGAUACCUUUGUGGAGUGGGAAAUGGAGCGAAGGAAAAAGGAAGAGGAAACCAAAUGUAUUCUGUCUUCGGACACAGAGGGCGUGUGUAUGGCGGAACAGACUUAGCGGCAUCGAAGGAGCAGUGAUGGAAGCAACCUGUUGCCCUUCAUGAAAUGUAAACUCUGGAUGUUUCUGGAAAUUACCAAGGCUCCAGAUUUUUCUACUUUACACCUUUUUCUGCCUUGUCUUUGAAAGGGCUCUAAAAUGCUGUAUCAUGUUUUAGGCACUUUCUUAAUUUUGGUUAUUCCUUUUACUCUUGCCCUGAAAUAUUUGACCCUGGCUACAAGUUAAGCAUUUUGGGGUUAUUUUUUGUGGUUUUUUUUUUUUUUUUUUUUUUAAGACUUCAGAUUAGCAUAAGUAAGUCUGAUAUUUCUUGCACAAUGUAGAUCUUUUUAGUUAGGUUAAAUUAACAUUGCUAAAUUAUACAGUGCCAGAUUUAAGUUUUUCAUACUACAUCUGUCAGGGCAGGUCUGUACUGUGUGUAGUGCUGUUUACAUUGUUGAAAUUUUAGGCUGUAAUAAUUUUAAGGUUUUCUACCAAGAUGAACAGCAGUGUUAACUAUAAAUGCAUUAAUCCCCCGAUAUAAGGUUCUAAACAACCAACAAAACCAACAGCUUUUUGUAAUAUGGCUAAUUCCCAUUUAAGCUCUUAGCAAAUGAGUCCAGAUCAUUCCUUUUUUUUUCCCUUUUUUUUUUUUUUUUUGGAGUUUCAAACUAAAUGUUGGGAUUGUUUUAUAAAAUUACUGUACCUGUCAGUCAACUGAGUGGUAGAUGACAAUUUGUAUCUAAAUCUCUUACACAUCACAUAAUAAAAGAGCAGUACUACCUCAGUUUUAUUGAAAGUGGACUUCUUGAUGGACUUCCAUUUUCCUCUGGAAGUUGUAUUUUUGUGGUUACAUGAGACUAUUUUUACUUGACUAAAAGAACCAAAGGUUCUGCUUCUUAAGUUUGCUAAACAUUGACAGAAGCAACACACAAACCCUAAGUCUUCAAGGAAAACUGUGGUAUAAUUCUGCUUUAAUUUGUUUGAUUUAUACCUAAAGUAUUACCUUACUUGUCUGGCAAGCACAGUACUUCUAUGUAAGGAACUAUCUUUUGCAUUAAUAUUGACGAACCAAUUUUUUAAAGCCUCUGUUUAAUUGCUAAGGCGCAGUUAAUACUCCACACUUCCUGGAGCAACAAUAUCGGCAUCUGAUGACAAAGUGAAUUCUUAAUGUGUUCUUAAUGACAACAGUGUAGAUGAGUCAUUUUUAGACUGAUUUGAUAAUGUUUGGAUAGGAGUCAAUUUAUUAUUUUACAAUGCCUGUAUUGGGACUAUUUGCCUGUUGAAACUGUUGUGACUUAAAGGGAGUUUUAUUAACACUGGUUGAAACUUUUUUUGGUUAUGAUGCUACCUUUUUUAAUUUCAGUAUGUCAACUUUUUUACACCUUUUGGUAAAAGGGAUGGUUGCCAAGGCUUUCUACAGAGCUAAUACUGGCUUAAUGAAUUUGAUACAUCUCCAUUACACACCUUUUAUUUUCAGAGCUGCGUUUUCAGGAUUAUAGAAUGGCUUCAAUUAAAAAACCAAACCAAACCCAAACCCUGGACAGUCAUCCAUAGCAUCUCAUGGCUUUUGUGAUAUAAGGGUUUUAAAGCUAAAGGGAACCAGAUUUUAGUUGAAGAGCUUGUCACUGGCUCCAGGAUGGCAUGCUUUGCAUGUCUGCUGUGCCCCAGAGGGGUUAGCAGAGAGAGGAGGAUCUGCCUGAAUCCUGUCACUGGCUUUGCUGGUGUGCAGCCUAUGCAAUAGCUUGGGUCUGAGAUCAUAAAUCACUAACAAAAUGUGGGCAUUGAAAACUGUUAAAAACCAAACCCACAAGCCUCAGCAGAUAGCAUCUCUUUCAUCUAGUAAAAGGAGAGUUUGGUCCAUGCUGCUUCUGCAAGCUCUUGCUGGGACAUGCGUUAAGCUGUAGAAAACAAAUGUUGUUCUAGGUGCAGCUGAGUCUGUCCCUUUGCAGGAGGGGAGCCCUGAACUUGCUGUAUUACAGGUAAAUACACUCAAAGCUUUGUCCUUGCUACUAUAACCUUCCAAGCUACUAUGGCAUAAGCACAGUUUGGCAGCAAAACCUUAUUCCAAGUUGGUGAACAAAGCAGGCCAAUGCACUUGUGCUGCUAUGAUUGAAUUUAUGGUGAGACUGUUGCUGGUGCUGUUGUUUUGAAAAAAGAAAAACUCCCCAACAGAGGCUGCUUUGUUAGCAAAAGUUCCAUAUGGAGCCUGAUUAGAUAGUAAAUGAAAACUGUAUUUAUAAGUUUGAGACUUCUCAUUCAGCUAUUAAAUGCUUUGUUCAUCUCUCUUUUUUCCCCUAAAGGUAAUUUAAGAUGUCCAGAGUGUGAAAA